AUGAAGACUCUUAUAUUUCUCCUGCUCCUUACGACUAUCGCGGCUGUCGUCCUCGGACACGUCAACCCCAAUCACCAGAGUCAUUCCCUCCCAUCUCGUUCUCAUGGCCAGCACACGGAAUCACAACUCCAUGGAUCUCACGCCAGUUAUAGAUCGGUCGAUGGUGCCCGCGCUCCGACAUCGUUCGAGAAGCAUCUGACCCCGGUCCCAACCAGCGGGAUCGCGGACCACCAGCCAGCAACUCGACUUCCUUCGCACCCUCACGCUCAUCCACAAGCGUUUAUGCCGACUUCGCAGCCCUUGAGCUCAACAGCAGCUCCACUCAUUACCCAUGCGGUUGCAACCCACUUCGAGCGCGGCGGAUGCCCCCCAGGCAUCACACUAUGUCCUGGCGACGGUGUUAUCUGCUGUCCCUUCGAUAGCUACUGCACGACUGACGGACUUGGAAACGAAGGCUGCUGUUAUAACGGCGCGGUCUGUUCUGGUCUUGCUACAACCCCCCGAGGCUCUGUGAUCACGGUUGCCGCAACACCAGUGCAUGGCGCAGCGGCUGCGCACCGUCCUCUCAAGGUUUUCGCCUUUUUCGCUCACAUCUUGCGACUUGUGACGGCAAUGCCGGCCAUCGAGAGAAAAGCGGAAGAUCCAAGCAAUGAAGGACCCAAAAUCGUCUCCGAGGCACUGCCCCCAGAUACUUGUGGUGCUCCCUUUUGCUCGGCUUCUUCGGGUAUGCCUCGACCAUGGAGGAUAUUUAGCGUCCUUGUUUGGUUUGCGAGGCGACUGGCUGCGGCGGUUCUUCCAAUUGAAGAACGUGGCUCUGAGGCAUUACCUCCAGAUACUUGUGGAGCUCCAUUCUGUUCGGCCGCAACACGCUCUCAACCCCGCCUCAUGAGAGUUUUCACCAUGCCGGUGCUAUUUGCCAAAGGUCUGGUGGCACUUGCCCUCCCGGCCAACCAACAACAAGACAGUUCUGAAGUACUUGCCCCAGAUACUUGUGGCGCUCCCUUCUGCUCAGCCGCCACACGGUCCGCAACAAAUCCUCUCAAGUUCCCUGUCUGGUUCGUUGCUAAGGCCUCGGGCCUUUUCUCAGCCAAGGUUGUGGGAUCGCCAGUCACCUCGGAUGCUGCGGACAGCGGCCCGACUAGCAAGGCAUCUGAAACGUUGAGCGAACAGCAUGAUUGUGGAGAUACCGUUCCCGGCGUCGAUAAGAACGCUCGAGAGGGCCUAGGGGUUGGAAGUGCUUUGGUGAGCACAUGGGGCAUGGCCCGUGAGAAGACUGCUAUGGUUGUGGGUGGUUUUCGACAGCAUAUGCGAGGCAUGAGGAGUGAGUUGCUUGGUUGGUAUUAG